AAAGAAAAACUUUUUAAUUAUCAUUUAACAACUUAUACCUAUGUAAUUUAAUUUUCAGAUGCAAAAAGAUACAUGACAGCAUCUUCAUUGAAUGCAUCAAAGUCACAGAAUCGGAAACUUCAAAAUGUUAACAAAUCUCAUAAAAUAUGUUCAAGAUUGUUGAGUGUUCCAUCAUUGGUGCUAUAUGCUGAACAGAAGAAUCUCGAUGACUUCAGAGCACGAGAAGAACAAAAAGAAGCAGAAUUUAAUAAGCAACCGAUAGAAAAUGAAAAUGAGAAAGAAAAUGAAGAGAAAACGGAAGAUGAUGAGGAAGUCAUGGAAAUUAAGAACAAAAUUUUAGAAGCUUCGCUGGCAUUUGUGACUGCAAAUGGAUGGACAAGACAAGCAAUUGUUAAAGGAGCUGAACAAGCUGGUUACCCUGGAACAGUUCAUGGAAUGUUUCCUAGUGGUGGCAUUGAACUCAUCAAUUUUUAUUACCUCAAAUGCAACAAAGAUUUAGUCGUUCAAAUGCGAGAGAAAGUUGGCGAAAAAAGUGAAAAGGUUGGCGAUCCCAAGGAAUUUGUUUGUUGGGCAUUAAAGGAACGACUUCUGAUGCUUGAUCCUUAUAUAAAAACAUGGCCACAAGCUUUAGCGAUGAUGAGUUUGCCACCAAAUGUGCCAACAUCAUUAGCGAACAUGUUGACGCUUGUUGAUGAUAUUUGUUACUACAGUGGGGAUCGAUCAAUUGAUUUCAAUUGGUAUGCUCGAAGAAUUGGACUUGCGACCAUCUACAAAGCAACAGAACUUUACAUGCUACAAGAUUCAAGUCCGCAAUAUGAAAGCACAUGGAAAUUCCUUCAAAGACGGAUAGCUGACGCUAGUUUAGUUCAUGACGUGCUUAUACAAUCAGAAGGUGCCACUCAACAUCUCACACAAGCAGUCACUUCUGCUUUUACAACUGCGAGAAAUAUUUUAGGACUAAAUUUUGAACGAAGAUAGCCAUUACAGGAUGAUAGCGAGAUUAAAGAUUCACCAAAGCAAACGAUCAGUACAACUGAGAAGAAGAAUAAAAAGUGAAUUAAACUCAACUCUACGAAUGAUUGUUCCUUCGUUGAUUGUGAAGUUCCAUGAAAACUUAAUUUUUAGUCAGAAUAAAAAUGAAUUUAUGGAAAGGAA